GCUCCCCCUCACUCCUCCCCUCUGUCUCCUUCCUCCACACCCCAUCCCAUCCCACUACCACCAAGGGAGUUGAUUAUCAGAUCGGUAACCUCACUCGCUACUCGUAGCGGUUACCACACAUCGAUCGACCGAGGAUCUACCGGCGGCCAUGGCGGCGUGCAGAGCAGGAGGAGGCGGGGGCGGCAGGGACGUGGACCGGAUCAAGGGCCCGUGGAGCCCCGAGGAGGACGACGCGCUGCAGCGGCUGGUGGGGCGCCACGGCGCGCGCAACUGGUCCCUCAUCAGCAAGUCCAUCCCGGGGCGGUCCGGCAAGUCCUGCCGCCUCCGCUGGUGCAACCAGCUCUCGCCGCAGGUGGAGCACCGCCCCUUCACCCCCGACGAGGACGACACCAUCCUCCGCGCCCACGCCAGGUUCGGCAACAAGUGGGCCACCAUCGCCCGCCUCCUCUCCGGCCGCACCGACAACGCCAUCAAGAACCACUGGAACUCCACGCUCAAGCGCAAGUACUCCUCCUCCUCCUCGACAUCGGCCUCGGCAUCAGCAUCGCCGGCUGACGACGCCAUGGCAAACGACGACGACGACCGCCGGCCGCUGAAGCGGACCAGCAGCGACGGGUACCCGGGGCUCUGCUUCAGCCCCGGGAGCCCGUCGGGGUCUGACCUCAGCGACUCCAGCCACCAGAGCCUCCCCUCCGUCAUGCCGUCCGCCGCCUCGCAGCAGCCACACGUGUACCGCCCGGUGGCGCGGGCCGGCGGGGUGGUCGUGCUCCCGACGGCCACGCCUCAGCUGCCGCAGCCGUCCCCUCCGUCUCCGCCGCCGCCCCCUCCUCCUCCGGCGACGUCGCUCUCGCUCUCCCUGUCCCUGCCUGGCUUGGAUGCGCCCGAGCCAGCCCCGGUGGCGCAGGCGCAGCCCAUGUCCAUGCCACCACCUCCUGCUCAUGUGCCUGUACAGCCCGCCGCAGCGCCUCAGAUGCCGCCGCCCAUGCCGUUCCAGCUCCAGCCGCCGCCGGUCCCACAAGCACGGGCGGCGGCGCCCUUCAACGGGGAGUUCCUGUCGAUGAUGCAGGAGAUGAUCCGGAUCGAGGUCCGGAACUACAUGUCCGGCUUCGACCCCCGGUCAUCGCCGGCCGACGGCGUCCACGCCGCCAAGCGCAUGAUGAGCAUGGCCAAGAUCGAGUAGCAAGCAAGCAAGCAAGAAGCAGGAAGAUGAGUCUGUCUGCUCCACUCAAAGAGCCAAUGAAUUAAUCAAGGGACGCCAAGAAACAAACGGAAGGCAGAGGCGGCAAGUGAAAUGAAGAGGAGAUGAAGCGAAGCUCGGCGGCCCGUUUAGAUCUUCUUGCCCGACAAUAAUUCCCUAGUAAAAUGUCUCGAUUAGUUUUUUUCUUCCCUUCCUUCCUCAAAGUUCCUUCGAAGAUCGUCCGAUCGAUUCAUGUUUCCGUUCUUCAGAGACGAGACGAGACGAAGAAAACCUCGUCGCUAGCGUGGCAAAUAAACUAGGCAGGGCAGGGCAGAGCAUAGCAAACAUGUUGCUUGCUGGAUCGCUCCAGAGUUCUUUUUUGUAUAGAGAAAGGGAAAAGAAGAAAUGAAACGAGAUGGGGGAAAUGAGAGGCCGAGUUCGUGGAUCGAUCA